ACUUUACCCUUCAAUAUGGCUAUAAAAGGUCUUAACGAAUGCCUGCACAACACAAGUCAUCAAACUCAGAGUGAAGAAGAGACAAGCUGCCUCUGUAAGAGUCCAAAUUCAAUCAUGAAGGUACUUGUGGUUCUCGCACUUUUCUCUGUUUGCAAUGCCAACAUCCUGUGGCAAGAGCCCAAGAGCAAUAUGGACUUGGUGAAAGAUGCUUUCUGGGACUACGUUGCUAAAGCGACACUGACUGCUGAGGACUCCCUGCAGCAGAUCAGACAGUCUGAGCUGGGACAGGAAGUGAACGCCAAGAUCUCUCAGAGCGCUGACACAGUGAAUCAGUACAUCGUUGCUCUGCGGGCUCAGGCCGCUCCUCUGACCCAGGACUUCAUGACUCAGUUUACCCAGGAGGCCGAGCAGCUGAAGGCUCGUCUGGAGAAAGAUCUGACCGCUGUGAGCACUAACAUGCAGCCAUACGCUGAGGAGAUAGUGGCGCACCUCCAGAGGCAGGUGGAGGAGCUGAAGAAGGAGGUGGCCCCCUACGCUGAGUCCAUGGACGCCGAGGCCCUGAAAGCCGUCCUGCUGCAGAAGAGCCAGGAGCUGAAGGGGCAGCUGGAUAAGAGCGUGAGCGAGCUGCAGGCCCAGAUGGUUCCCUACACCGACGAGAUGAAGCAGAAGAUGGAGCAGAGCCUGGAGGAGUUUCAGAGGAGCAUGAUCCCCCUGACCCAGAGCUUUGAGACCCAGCUGACCCAGAAAAUACAGGAGAUCCAGCAGACCCUGGCUCAGAGAGGAGAGGAGCUGAGGGCCAAGCUGGACGCCACUGCUCAGGACCUGCAGGCUCAGCUGGCUACUCUGUGGGAGUCUUUCAAGAAGACCCAGUAAACAACCUCCUCCAUCAGCCUCCACACACCAAAUAUUUAUUUUAAAUUGACCCAAUGUAUAAUUAUACUAAAUAAAAAUCUUACAAUCAAGUUCAGUCUGUUGGUGUCUUCAAUAGCACCCAAGACUUUUUCAGAGUUUUUCCACAGAAGAGGGAUUCAAACCGAGAACAUUUAAACAUACGAUUGUACAAUAAAUGGCAAAUUUCAUGACUCA